CUCAUUCCGGCCACGUCAUUCAUUAGAAAGUAUUGCGUUGAAAAGUCAAAAUGAGUCGCCCAAAAUCGAAACGGUGAUGGAUUGACGACUGGAAAACCACAGCUCACAUCUUACGGAGCCCUCUUCGUCCCUCGUCAUCGGCAGCGGGAAAUUGGAAAUUGCAAGGCAGAGGAUUUUGGCGCCAAAACUUUCUUUAUUUCCCACUUCGUAUAUCAGAGGCUUUUCAGUUUCCACCUCUUUCAACAUCGCGAGGAUUUUCUAUUCGAAAAAAAAUGCAGCGGCAGAAAUCGCUCCACGCUUUCUUCCAGAAGUCCUCGCCGGCUAAUCGGAGCUCCGGCCGCGAGGACGUAGCUCACGGUCACCCGCCGUCGAUUGUUUCGGCGAAGGAGCGGAAUCUCCAACCCGGCCUUCCGAGUCAGCGUGUGGCGAACUCAUCCGAUGAUGUCACAGGAACCGGCACACCUCCGGAGAAGAUGCCGCGCCCGAUCCUACCGGCGAACUUCUCCGCCAGUACCGACGGCGGAGGUUCUUCGCUUUUCUCCAGUAUUAUGCACAAGUUCGCUAGGGUUCCAAACAGGAACCAGGCUGAUUCUGGAGGUGCUCGCUUGACUUCAGCUCCAUCAUUAGGCAAUUUAGGAUUUCAUAAACUGGGAACCAUUGAUGAGAAUUCAGUCAAAGAUAGUGCUACUAAGUCCAAUAAGGUAGGAGGCGUAUUGCCCUCUGAUAGGGGCGAUGAUGAUGUCCAGGGUCCCGAGACACCUGAUGAGCAACCACUUGCUCGGCGAAUGAAGCGAAUUCAUGAAGACAUUCCUAAGUUAGGUGAUAUGACUGAUUGUUCGUUGCUGGAUAAUGGCAAGAGGGCUAAACUUAUGCAAGGGUCCACUGCCCAGGGGAAGAAUCAGGGAGAGAUUUGUAAUGAUCUUGCUAGCAAGUUUGAGUGGCUUAACCCUUCGGGAAUCAGGGAUGCUAAUAGAAGAAGGCCUGACCAUCCUCUUUAUGAUAAAAAGACGCUUUACAUACCACCUGAUGAGCUAAAGAAAAUGUCGCCAUCUCAGAAGCAAUACUGGACUGUCAAAUCUGAGUACAUGGAUGUUCUGCUUUUCUUUAAAGUGGGGAAGUUCUAUGAGCUUUAUGAGCUGGAUGCUGAAAUUGGUCACAGGGAGCUUGAUUGGAAAAUGACAUUCAGUGGUGUUGGAAAAUGUCGGCAAGUUGGAGUAUCCGAAUUUGGGAUUGAUGAUGCUAUAGAGAAACUCGUUGCUCGGGGAUAUAAAGUUGGGAGAGUGGAGCAGUUGGAGACAUCUGGUCAAGCAAAGGCCAGGGGUCGAACUUCGGUGAUCACCAGAAAAUUAGUCCAGGUUCUUACUCCAUCAACUACAACUGAUGGUAUCAUUGGGCCAGAUGCCGUUCAUCUUCUUGCACUCAAGGAGGGAAAUUAUGGGCUUGAUAAUGAUGCAACAAGUUAUGGAUUUGCUUUUGUUGAUUGUGCUGCUCUUCAAUUUUGGAUUGGCUCCAUAGAAGAUGAUGCUUCCUAUUCUGCUUUGGGAGCACUGUUGAUGCAAAUCUCACCUAAAGAAGUUAUACAUGAAAGUAGAGGGCUGUCCAAAGAAGCCCAGAAAGCACUGAGGAAAUACACAUUAACUGGUCCAGCAGCACCACAGUUGACUCCAGUUCUGCCUGCCACUGAUUUUGCUGAUGCUUCUGAAGUAAGAAAUUUGAUCCAGUUAAAGGGUUUCUUUACAGGGUCUUCUAGGCCAGUGAAUAGUGCACUUGACAGUAUAAUGCACCAAGACCUAGCCUUAUCAGCUCUUGGUGGUCUUAUUGGUCAUCUCUCUCGGCUGAAGUUAGAUGAUGUUUUGCGCAAUGGUGAUGUUCUACCUUACGAUGUUUAUAAGGGUUGCCUUAAAAUGGAUGGGCAGACUUUAGUUAAUCUUGAAAUUUUUAGUAAUAAUGCAGAUGGUGGUUCAUCAGGUACAUUAUUUAAGUAUCUUGACUACUGUGUUACAUCAUCCGGGAAACGACUUUUGCGGAAGUGGAUCUGCCAUCCAUUGAAAUGUGCUGAAGGCAUUAAUAAUAGACUCGAUGCAGUUGAAGUUUUGAUAGCUCGUCCUGAAGUUACUCUUAUCAUUGCUCAAUGUUUGCGGAAACUACCGGAUUUGGAGAGGCUGCUUGGACGUGUUAAGGGUAGCAUUCAGGCAUCAUCCUGUCUAAUACUGCCCUUAAUUGGCACAAAAAUAUUGAAACAGCGUGUGAAAGUAUUUGGGACUUUGGUUAAAGGGCUACGUGUUGCUAUAGAUUUAUUGUCAUUGCUGCAGAAUGAAGAGCAACUAAAAUCAUCUCUUAGUAAAGUUAUCAGAACUCCUGAGCUCAAAGGUAGUUCUGGCCUUGGCAAGUUUCUGUCCCAAUUUGAGGCCGCUGUGGAUAGUGAGUUCCCCGAUUACCAGAAUCAUCAAGUCACUGAUGCAGGGGCAGAGACGCUUGCUGUCCUGGCCGAGUUGUUCAUCGAGAAAGCUAGAGAAUGGUCAGAAGUCAUCCAUGCCAUCAAUUGCAUCGAUGUACUCCGAUCUUUUGCCUUGAAAGCAAGUACAUCAUUCGGGCCGAUGUCUCGCCCCCUUAUUUUGCCACGAUCAGCAACAGCAUUAGGCCAGGACACUGGGGGACCUGUACUGAAGAUUAAAGGGCUGUGGCAUCCUUUCGCUCUUGGAGAGACCGGACAACCUGUCCCAAAUGAUCUGUUUCUUGGGGAGGAUCCGGUUGGCUUUCAUCCUCGCACUUUGCUCUUGACAGGACCAAAUAUGGGCGGGAAAUCAACACUUCUUCGAUCCACAUGUCUGGCUGUGAUACUAGCACAGCUGGGUUGUUUCGUGCCAAGUGAGCAGUGCGAGCUCUCGCUGGUUGAUGUAAUCUUCACCCGGCUUGGUGCCACUGAUCGAAUCAUGGCUGGCGAGAGUACAUUCCUGGUGGAGUGCUCAGAAACAGCUUCCAUCCUCCACAGCGCAACUCAAGACUCUCUGGUCAUUCUAGACGAACUAGGCCGCGGAACCAGCACUUUCGACGGAUACGCCAUCGCUUACGCCGUGCUCCGCCAUCUCGUCGAAAAGGUGAACUGCCGACUGCUCUUCGCCACCCACUACCACCCUCUCACCAAGGAAUUCGCCUCCCACCCCCACGUUUCCCUGCAACACAUGGCCUGCGCUUUCAAAUCGACAGACUCCGGAACCGGCAGCAAGCAGGACCUGGUCUUCCUCUACAAGCUGGCGGCCGGAGCAUGCCCGGAGAGCUACGGGAUGCAGGUGGCGCUCAUGGCCGGGAUCCCGGAAAGCGUGGUGCAAAACGCCGCCCGAGCUGCCCGCAGGAUGCAGAAGUCGGUCGGAGAGAGCUUCAAGGCGAGCGAGCAGAGGUCGGAGUUCUCGACCCUGCACGAAGAAUGGGUGCGGAGCCUGAUGAGCGUGGAUACUGCCAGAGAUAGGAGCAAUAGGAUCGGGCUGGAGAAUGGCGAUGUCGAUGACGACGUUCGUGACACGUUGAUUUGCCUGUGGCACGAGGUCAGGAAUGUCCCUGGCGGGCUCUGAGGAAAAUGGUGGGUGUAGAAGCGAAGGCGGGAAGCAAUGUUCUGGCUUUUUAAAGGGGCUGCUGACCAUGGGAAGUUGGUUUUGGGAUGUAAAAGAAAGCUUAAAAGUUAAA